AGGCUAUAUGGAGAACAUGGGCUCUCUGUCACAGAUCUGUGAUACAAGAGACUGAAGGUCACAUGGGGACCAUACUAUAAAAGAUUGAAAGGCUUGUAGAAGCCUUUCUGUUCUGUAGUCAUCUGAGGUAGAAUGAAACUCAGCAGCAUCUUUACUUAACUUGGAAGGUGUGCGCUCACUCUUCCUAUAGCUGCUUCUUCCUGUGGUUCUAGGAACGUUGACAGUCAGUACUUCUUGCCUCUGUCCCAAGGAAUGUCUAAGAGAGCUGCUUGGGUAUUUCUAUGGAGAAAUCCACGGGGAUCCCUAUGACGAGAGACUGUAACAAGUAGUUCCUUCACAGAUAAAGGGCAAAGAACUUGUGACUAUAGCACCAAGCUGGUGGUGGUUUCUUCUUUCGCUGUUUUCAGCUCUCGAACUGAAUGCAAGUGGAGCAGUUACAGAAGAGGAUACUUGGGUAAAGUUUCCUGUGGGGCUAUGGGAAAGUCUAGAUAGUCUGUAGUGCCCAGGUUACCUUUCCUGUCUUUGGAAAGGAAGGUUUUUUUUUUUUUUUUGCUGAGGUGGUCAGGAACUCCUUCUGUAUCACAUUUAUUUAUUGGGUUCAUGUAUACCACAAUUUGCUUAUGGAGGUCAGAGGAUAAAUACAUGAGUCUUCCGUCCUAUUAUGUUGGCCCCUGGGAUCAAACUCAGGUUGUCAAGGCUUGGCAGCAAGUGCCUUAACCUGCAGGGCUCCUCAGCUCACACCAUUGCUUUUCUUCUGCUGGAAGAAGUUGAGCUUUGCUCAGCAAAAGAUUAGUUGUGUUCCAGAGGCAGCUGUUAUGCUAUAGGAAAGCAGCAACCCUGCGACUGGGCCUCUUACUCCUGGAUGACCCCACUGUUUGGAGGGAUGAAGUGGGGCCAGUGAUGGAAGUCUGGGAAGUCCCAAGUUCCAGACUUGCUGGGACAAGUGUCUCUGGAUAUGGAUUGGGGACUGGUGGCUAGCCUGCCUAUCAGGAGAGACUUGCUCUCUGCCCAUUGAGACAGAGCAGGGGUCUCCAUGGGGCUGGAAACUCAAUCCAAGACCCAGAGAAGCCCUGGAUCUGCUGCAACAAGCAGCCGCCGUGCUCCAGGGUUAAUCACGACUGGGGAGAGGUUGGGGAGGGGUUAGGGGCCGGGCUGGGUUACUGGACUUUUCCUUCCCUCUCUUGUCACUCCCUCCCUUUGCUGGAGGAGCCAACUUCAAAAGCCUCUCCACCUGCCCCUCAGCUCUAUUCAAGGAGGACCUAUCAGCCAGCAGAAGACCUGGUGUGGCUGUCAGUUGCCUGCUUCAUUGGCCACCCAAAGACCCAGAGGACCCCAGGAUCAUGUGUGUGGCCUGCUAGAGGGAGUAAGGGAGAGCCAGACCCUGAGAGGCCUAUGGUACCUCUAAAGCCUGCUUUCUACCUACUACUACUGCUGCUGGCAUUUCUUGGAUCUGCCCUGGGCUGGCCUGGGUCCCAGUCCUGCAGUGUCCAGGAGGUACUCCGCCACUACCAAGCUGUCAUCUUCCAGGACUUGCAGGCUGCGAUGCAAUGGGCUGGGAUGGGAGUUCAACGAACAGAGCCUGGAUCCCGACACCACCGCUUCAUUCAGAAAAACCUGACUGGAGCUGGUGGAGGUCAGGGACAGCCAGGAACCUCCUGUGGUGCCCAAAAGGUAUGGGGGAGGUACCCCCAAACAACUACUUGUUCCCUCCUCAGGCCCUACCCCCACUCCCCCUGCUCUGGCUUUCCUCCUUUUCCAACUCAGGAGAGUAGCAUUCUACUGUCUAUUGAGUCCUUGGGUCAGACCCUUCUUGGGAGUGUGGCUGGAGUACCCCACAAUGCAUUUGAGAAAGCGGCAUGGACAGUGGCAGUGCGCACGGAGGCAGUGAUGCGCAGACACUGCCGAAUAUCCUACAGGCAGAUCCAGCAGCCAAAGAAGCAGGCGGUACAGCCGCGCAGCAGUCGGAGGCGGCUCCUGCUACGCGCCCUAUACGCCGUCGCCACCUGCUGGGAAAAGCUCUUUGCGCUAAGUGCCUUGGCCACAGGCGAAUUCUAGCACUGUCCCUGUUCUCACUUCCUCUUCUCACAGAAGAUUGGAAACAAACUGAUUCGUGACAGCUCAGAUUGUCUGCACUCAGAGGUCCAGGAUGUGUAUACACCCACUGAGGCCCCAAUAAAUGGAGCUAAUGAUGGGACCUGA